CUUACUUGCCCCUCUUCAUCAUGGUCGUCACUAGCCCCUCUAGCUCCCCCGACAGUAUCUCUCUGCCACGCUAUAAACGACAUGGUCCGGCAAGACAUACCUACUCGAAGAGAGCCUCCACAAACUCCCGUACACUCGUCCUCGAACCGUCUCCGUCUGAUUCUAAGAGUGGAUCGUAUAACUUCCCAGAAUUCCCUUCACGUAAACGAGCCAGGAGGACAGCUAUCAGCGACUCCGCAUUAUCAGAAUCCUCUGCCAGUAUACGGAGCUCUGGCAAUGACAAAGACCUGGAGCGGCCAGAAGAUUCCUCCGACUUUACUCGACAUCAGGAUUCGCUUGGCCAAAGCAGCGCUCGAGGAAACGAUCAGAGGAGGGAUCUGUCCAUUCCCCAGUCCUUGUCGGAUAUACCCCUUAGUGGUUCUCCUUCUAUAUCUCCAUCGACUCCUCCCAGAAAGAGGUCCUCCGGCCACCCUACCCUCACACCACAGUCCUCCCCUCGGGACUUGUCAGCUCUCUUCGCCGCGGUCGCUCCCGCGAGCUCUUCAGCCGGACGAGGAAAGGACCAUGGUAGCCCUGGAAGCGGUAGGAGUGGAUUGACUCGCAUAGGGAUGAGACGAAUGCUCACCAAGACGCAAAGUUUGGGACAAGAGAGCUCGCCGCGGUACGGUACGCCGAUGGAUGACCUAAACAGUCCCUUCAGGGUCAAUUCACGACAUGU